AUGGUAGCAGAGGAUGAUUUAGUUGGCAUGAACUAUUUGAGAGCGGUGAUCAAAGAGACUUUUCGCUUAUAUCCUACCAUUCCGGUACUAUUUCCCAAGAUAUCGACGGAAGAUGUGAGAAUAAAUGGUUAUGACAUCAAAGCCAACACACAAGCUAUAGUAAAUAUCUGGAAAAUCAGUAGAGAUCCAAAGUCAUUCGACAAUCCAGACGAAUUCGAGCCAGAAAGGUUUUUAAAAAGCUCCAUCAACUUCAAAGGAAAUGACUUCGAAUUGAUUCCGUUUGGGUCCGGUAGAAGGAUUUGUCCGGCAAUUCAAUAUGUAUCGGCUAUUCAUGAAAUUGCUUUAGCAAACCUUGUGCACAAGUUUAAUUGGGCAUUGCCUGAAGCAGCAAGAGGUCAUGAGGAUUUAGACAUGACAGAUUGA